AUGACGAUUGAGGCUGCUGUUCACAACUGGUGGCCAUCUGGGCACCCUGAACUGCUACAUCAUCGGUCAUUUGAGGGGUACUGUGAAAACAUUUCACAAGGGGUGGUUAGAGUUGAAUUGUGGGUAGGAGAGUGCAGUGGCAACACCUUGGGUGAUGGUAACACUGGGUGGAAUUCAGUCUCCCGGAUCGUCACAAUUAUUUGGGUACCUAAAUAACCAGGACCCAGUCACGAUGAGCCGCAAGCAGUAAAAUUUCUGUCCCGUAAUUUAAUCAGUUAAAUCAUCAAAGUUGACAGGUCUUUCUGAUGAUCAAAGCGACCGUUCGGUUUACCAUUUACACCUUCAGUGCGAAGACUGUCACGGGAACAUUAACACCUUCAGGAUAAUUGCUUACCAUAACAGUGGUAGGUCGAGCGCGUCUGGCCGGUUUCGAAGAACGUGAUCGUGACUGUUGUUUUUAUUCAGUGACUGUGCGCGUUGAUAUGCCAACUUUUAAAACAGACUGCAACAUUAAAUUUUUGUUAUAAAAGCAAAGAAGCUGCUGAGUAGAAACUAAACCGUCCCAGACUUAUUCCGUUUCAUUCGUGUACUUUCAUUUUGAUGGGGUCUGUAUGAUGAAUUUACUUCUGCCUUCUAAUCAGGCACGUAAACAACAUAGAGAUAAAACAUUUCAUUUUGCUUUUGUGGAGUAAAAAUUAAUCUUAAAAAAGUUAAAUUAGUGGACCACUUUCUCCGCGUACUUGUAGAAAUAGGCAUUUAAUAUGUCGCGUACAGUGCGAAAAUCUUCUUGUCGUGGAUUAGAUUUCAGUAUACAUAUUCUUCAUUUCGCGCCAGAAUAAAUUAGUUUGCGCGCAAAGGGCUUCUAAAAAAAGAUCACAGGGUUUGUCCCACGUCGAGUCCUCCUUCUGGAGAACUUGGAGAUACGCCGGUAUGGUAUCUGGAAUACAUUGCCGAGGCGAAGAUCUGGCAUUUUUUCCUCCUCGUCUUUUUUUCUCCGCGACGUUUGUUUAUAUUUGUAGUGAGAAUGCCGCGCACAUCGGUGGAUUUUACUUCAGUCAAGCGGCUUCAGUUCCUGCGGCUUGCUACUCAUCAUAAAGAAGAGUGCCGGAAUCGCUUUGUUCGCCUUUAACGGAUUUGUUGUCGAAUUCAAGGUAAAAGAACGGACUACUGUAAGGUAAGAAUUGAAGUUUAAAUUUGUUUCUCGGCGAAAAAUAGUGCAUACAACUCGUGAAACCCGUGAGUAUUACCUCUGUUUAAUAUACCGGAUGUCAUGCGAUGACCCCUCGCUUUUACGAUGGAUAGGAUGGAUACAAACAAUAAUUUCUUUCGCAACGUUUAGUAUCAUUUACUUAAUAUGGAGAUCAUCUGAGGACGAUUUUUCGUUAUAUAUGCUUCAUUUCUUGGCUUAUUCCGGCUACGUGCGAAGAAUUAGAUGACAAUGUUUGUGUGCUAUAAUUAUACCGAUAAUUUCUCGCACCUUGAAACUCAUGAAAGCCAAACUUGUUUAACCCUAGCAAAAAACUCUUUUAAUGGAGAAACUCAACCUGAUAGUUGCAUUAAAAUCUAAUAAUUGUUACUGCAUUUGCAUGCUCUCUGUAACCUCGUGGGUAGAACAUACCUGAUGGUUACAUUAAUAAUAAUCACUGCAUUUGCUCUCUGUAACCUCGUGGGUAGAACAUACCUGAAGGUUACGUUAAUAAUAAUCAUUGCAUUUUCUCUUUGUAACCUCGUGGGUAGAACAUACCUGAUGGUUACAUUUAAAAUAAUAAUCACUGCUUUUGCUCUCUGUAACCUCGUGGGUAGAACAUACGUGAAGGUUACGUUAAUAAUAAUCAUUGCCCUUUCUCUUUGUAAUCUCGUGGGUAGAACAUACCUGAUGGUUACAUUAAUAAUAUCACUGCAUUUGCUCUCCGUAACCUCGUGGGUAGCAUAUACCUGACGGUUACAUUUAAUAAUAAUCACUGCAUUUGCUCUCUGUAACCUCGUGGGUAGAACAUACCUGAAGGUUACGUUAAUAAUAAUCAUUGCAUUUUCUCUUUGUAACCUCGUGGGUAGAAUAUACCUGACGGUUACAUUAAUAAUAAUCACUGCAUUUGCUCUCUGUAACCGCGUGGGUAGAACAUACCUGAAGGUUACGUUAAUAAUAAUCAUUGCAUUUUCCCUUUGUAACCUCGUGGGUAGAAUAUACCUGACGGUUAUAUUUAAUAAUAAUCACUGCAUUUGCUCUCUGUAACCUCGUGGGUAGAACAUACCUGAAGGUUACGUUAAUAAUAAUCAUUGCAUUUUCUCUUUGUAACCUCGUGGGGAAAAAAAUUAAUGCCUCUCUCCUGGAAAUUUUGCCCUGUCCUUUGAGCAUAGUGAUCUUUGGGUAGCGAAUUCACGAAAACAGGUAAAACGCUUUUUUUAAAAGCAACAUUUAUAUUAUUUGGCUUUUUGAGGGAGGUUAAACAUUAAUGGAAUAGAAUAUAAAAAAAGCUGAUAAAGCGGAAAAAGUUAUCUUUACAAAAUGCGCUUUGACAAUGUCAAGGAGUGAAAUAAGCUGAAGUUUUGUAGUUAGCCCGAAGAAAACCGGUUCCCGCAUGAAAAGCAGUUCUGAUUCCCUUCUCUUAACUAGAAGAGAUGCAUAUCCCUGUGAACCAGUUUUUUAACUAGGAGCGAUUCCCACUCACUUAAGAUACUUUACUGACACGAGUUCCUAUUUCAAUGUAUGUCUAAUUCAAGCUUAGCCGCGUGAUAGCUCUUCAUUAGCGAAAAGGUCCAAGUGAUAUUUUGAUUGACGUGUUGUUUUGGAUCCUGAGGUUUUUUAACACCUUUUCUCUAGCUUAACUGGCGAAGAUAUUCUAGGAAUUUGCCCUUCAAUUCCAAAUUCUUUGAUGUGCCGCCAGAUGCCGUGCAAAAAUAUCACCUCUUGCGGCUCCUCGUGGUUCGAAGGCCGAUUAGCGUUUAAACUUGGGUUAAAUUUAAAGCGGGAUUUUUUUCUUUUGUUUAAAAGCAUUUUCUCGAUAAAUUCUCAAUUAUCAACUCUUGGAGAAAAAGAAUUCAUUAAAGUAAACUGAAUUUACUUCUUACUUCAUAUCUGAAUUCAAAUUUCGCACUAACCCUGAGUUAUUUUAUCUUAACCCAGCUUUAAACAACCUUGCCCAGUGCUGUAUUGGUAUUCCCGGUAGGGGAUACCCAUACCUGAGCAAGUUAUAGGAAGGUAACCGUCGGACGUACACGCAAAUUCAUAUCCCCUUCGUGGUACAGGGGGGCGGGGGAUGGAACCCCUUCCCGAAGUUUUUGAUAUGUUGCAGUAUUUUGAAACGAUUUUACCUUUAGUGGAAAGCCUUUGAUCUUGUUAACAAGAUGAGGUAUAUUUUAGGGCUGGUGGUGCUGCUGGAGACCUGAGACGUCACCAACAGUGGCCGACAUAAAAUCAGAAGUAUAUAAUUCUGUCUACAUGUGCGGUUAAUGGCGGUUAGGGGGCAAUGACCGAGGCGAGCACGGUAUGGGUAUACCCGUUAGGAGAUAUGCAUAGAGCAACUUAGUCUCACUAAGAACUUCCGUAAAGAGAGUACAGUUUUCUUUUAUUUAGCAAGGCCUUUUUUGCUUUGUAGGUUUUUAUAUAAAGUGUACCAUACAUUUCACGACUUUAUCUUUUUUUUAAUGUUUUUGAUGGUUUCGUAGAAAAUAUUUACACUUUUAUCAUAACCUGGAGAUCAAUCUUCUCUUUCAUCCUAACCGAAAAAAAAAACAUUUCCUUGAUGUUUCAGCCAGAGGUGAACUAAUGGAGGGUUAGAUUAGCCACUAAACAUUGCACUUAUGAUAAAAGAGUACCAACGUUUAUCAAAUGCUGACCUUACGCCGACCCCAUAGGAGCUCCUCUGAUCCAGUAUAUCUGGCUCGGAGGAAACCUAUUCAAUAAACUUUGUGGUAUAAAAUAGCCGCCUUUGCCCAGUAUAUAUAAUAUACCUAAAAUAAAGAAAGGAAAGUAGCCUAGGCCCGGGGGAGCGGGCGGGGGAGGGGUUGGGGGUACUCAAAAAAUUUUUAUACGGGUCCUAAGGUCCAACCCCUUACCCUUUUAUAUACCAUUUUUCACGAAAAAGGAAUCCUUUCGUAUGCCUUCAAUUGACAAAUGGUACCCCUUUUAAAUACCCUGUUUAGAACUUUGCAUUCCUUUUGACUGCUGUAAAUGCACUGUCAUUUGACUGGGAAUUAAUCACAAAAAUAGAACGUUUUCUCGACUUUAUAAAGCCAUAAAAUUGAUCUGUUAGCCCUUUGGGCCCUUUAACAGACCCAAAUGACCGAUUUCCCUACCCUUUCAUAUACUUCAGCGAGUAAAAUCUCUCCCCCUUUCAUACACCUGAAGCCUGAAAAAGGUACCCCUCUGGGCGGAGCCUCCCCGUAUAGGCCAUUAUAGGGAGAACCCCCUCCGGGAGCCUAGGUAUUCAACCAGGUGACUUAUAAACCCAAGGCUUUUAUCUGAGUAGAAAGACAGGUAUUACAUGGUGGCCAUUACAUGCAAACCUCCUUUUACAAUAGCAAGAAGGCGUAACUAUCACAGAAUUCCAUUACUCUGUGGCCAACCCCAAAAAUAUAGUUUAAAGAUCUGUAAUAAGUAAAUUGCAGCGUUCUAUAUGAACAGAGAUAAUAGCAGUUUACCCAAGUCACGAGCUUGAUGAUGUCAUCACCUUUCACCCGAGAUAUAAGUCAAACCGAAAACAAAACUGAAUCGUUGGCCAAAUUAAGUUUUCCGCUAGCAUUACCGUUUCGUACCGCUAUACAUUCAGACGCCAUUUUAUUCUGUUUCGUAGUGAAUAGGUGCACAACUAUCUUCCCAAAAGGCGGCAAAUAAUGGUAGAGAUAACCGUGACGCAAUGAGCGUCGAGCAUAUCUAGCGAUAUGCACCGACCCUAAAGAGGGGUAGAUGACAUUUUCAGUGGCUAGCUAUACCAGCAAUUUUCGCGUUUUUUGAUUGGCCCCUGUAACUUCCGAGGGUCUUAUAUCCAAGGAGGCUUAAAAUCGGAAUAGAAAAUGAGUUUUGAAACACGCAAUAGCGGUGCUGAUCAAAAUACGUUUUGCAUUCACUGGUUUUAUAUUAAGCUUCAAAAUGUCAUUGAUAACAAAUAGAACUCACAGGGAGCUUAUAAUUAGUGCUAGAUAGGGGCUUAUAUUCGGGGAGACGUCUAAUAGCAUGUAGAGAAAGAUUGGUCUAUAACUGGGGGGGGAGGCUUAUAAGUGGCGGGGGGGGGGAGUGGGAACCUUAUAAUCGGCUGUUACAGUAUGUGAGUAUUUUUAGCCAGAUUCCUUAAGGUAAUGACAGACUGGGUUCAAGUAUUAUAAAAACAGACGUCGUCUUUUAGGUGUUCGCAUUUCACGACUUAGUUGAGUAGAAAAUGGGAAGGAGAUGUAUUAAAAGGUUUUAAUCCAUUCUCAUUUUUCGUCUUGCCAUUUUAAGGCUGGUUUACCGGCAGCGAUUGUGUGCCCUAUUUCCUAAGAAAAUAUAUCGCGAUGCAACAGAUCAUUUUAAUCUAUCCGGUUUUUGACCAUUUUAUAUCUUUUCGUUUUUCUUUCGAAAAAUCAUAGCGUGAAAACCACCUUAAAGUCUUCCAGUUACAGGAGCAAGUUUUCUUCAACAAGGAAAACUUCCCCCGCCGUUAAAAAGGUAAAGGGAACCUCAUUAUGUCACGAGCCUCAUUAUGUUAUGCAUGAGCUCCAUUAUCUUACGUGCUACUUGACUCACAAUUUUGUUAUCUCGCGAGAAUGAAGCUGCCUCUAACAUAAAUGUCUCGCAACAGUAUUUUGCAGCAGGUAUAUUUUGAAAAAGUAGGUUCACGUUCUACAUUAUAUAACGUCUGCUACAGCAAAAAUAAAAACCGCCAGAGGAUGAUACGCUCUCUUUCUGACUGACUCUAGAUCGUAACAGCCGGGGAGGCUACUCAACACAGUUUUAUAUGGGGAGGCUUCGCCCCAAGGACUAACUCCUUAACCCUGCACUUAACAUUUUUGACAGAAAACAUACCCUCUUGUACACCUUCUAUUGGCCAUACUUAAAAAAGAGACGGAUUAUCCGCCUGAGACGGGUUAUCCGGUGGAAAGUUCGCGUCAGGCAGAUAAUCCUCUUAUGUGAUUGCACUUUUAAGUCUUCGUCUUCAGUUAUGGGCCCAUAUCAUGGCUGUAAACGAAAAAAAAUACAUCCGAAUAUAAUCCCCACCGGGUAUAAUAAGCUCCCCUCUUGCAUAAACUGAAUUGAAUUCGAUUUCUAAUGACGUUUUGAAGCCUUAAUUAACGAGCAGUAAAUGCAAAAACAUAUAUUGUGAUCAGCAAUGCUACAACUUAUUUCCAAGCGCUUUUUCUAUGCCAUCAACAAGCCCCCUCGGAAAUUAAAAGCUCCUCCGUUUAUACGUCUUCCUAAAACUAAUUAAGAAGAUGUACAUGUAUAAUCCAUGGGCUUAUAAGCGACAAUUUAUGGUAGGGGACCGUUCACAUAUCUAGUACCAACACAAUGUCUUUUGUCAUUUUCAUGUAGCGUUUAAUUUGAUUCAAUGAAUUUUAACUUUAAUUUUAAUUUCAAAGGCUGUGACAUUGCCAAAUUUGAAAGUGAUACGUCUUAAGCUUGCAAAGAGUUGCGAAAAUUUGCAUACGUUUGUACGUGUGCGGGUGGGAGGGGGAGAGCAAGUUUGUGCCCGUCCCCUACCGUCAGGCAAACGCCUGUAAAAUUUCCCGACUCUGAGGAGCUAUAUCUUCGUUAAUUCGUUUUCAACAAAUCACUUCCAAAACUUGGCAGUUUUACUCAUUUUAAAACGUACUUUCCGGGGGUUUCCUUAGCUUGUCCUUGUCAAAAGUUGAGAAAAAAAAAAAUGGUAUGGUCUAUCCUGAAAGGGGUGCACUUCUGGGUUGCGCCUCCCAGUAUAGGUCAUUAUAGGGGGCCCCUCAACCCCCCCUCCCCACCCCUUUCAAGGUAUAAGAUGUGAGAGUUUAAAAAUGGACACACUAACACUAGACACGUUAAGGCUUGUUUAGCUGGAGCUUAGUGGAGCCGCUACUUUUUCUGAAAGUCAGUAGCAUACCCAACUUGGACUGAAGGCAAAUUCAUGAUUAUUUUUGACGCACUAAAGAGGAAAGGCAUGGGGUACAGUUAGAAACACAAAAUCGUGAUAGCAUGCAUAAAACUUUGUUGCUUUUGUAACAAUUUAUAUUCUGCCAUUUAUUUUUGGAAUGUUCAUCUUUUGACCCUGUUUCAGUAACUUGAAGCCAGAUUAUAAACAAAGAAUAAGAAGAGCCAACAAAUCGCCAUAAAAGGAAAAAGAAACAAGCAAAAACAAAGUAACAAACAAUACACCGGAACAGAGGAUUUACCGAAAAUAUUUUCUAUAAAAUGAUGAGCACGUAGCACUGAUUUCAGAAAACGCUGUGUUCUCGUUCAACUGUCACCGCCAUGGUUCAGAAUUUCGCUGUUUUCCUGAUUCUUUCUCUUUUUGGCGGCUCACUGGGAACAACCACCUCACCUCAGCAACAAACUGACGCCUCAAAAUUACAAGACUUAUGCCAGGUAAGAAAUGCAUAAAGAUGUAAAAAGGACUACUGCGCCCUAGAUUAGGUACACCCAGAAAGCGUUUUAUUACUCUCACGUCGUUAUGAUCAUUUAUUAAAAAGUACCCGUUAAAAGUUUAUGGCAGUUUAUUUAAAAGUCCUCGCUUCAGCAUGAUCUUUCCUCGAAAACCUGAAGCCUGUCCAUUGUUAAUUGUUAAUUUUCUCUGAUUCCAUCCACCAUUCGAGACGAAAUAACGAUUUAAGAGGAUUAUGAUAUUCAAGGUUCAUUCCGUGCCUUGAAAACAAGGGAGACGGCUGGCGGGUAUAGACUUCGUCCAUUUUGGUUCGGAAUCAUUGUUUGCGUGAGAGCCACAGGCGUGUAUGAACGUAUUUAUCGUUUCAAUUCCAAAUGAGAAGGAAAUAUAAAUAAUUACGCGAAUUAUUUUUCGUUGCUGUUCUAAAUUAAUCUAAGUAAUUAUGACAUGCAUAAUUUCUUCGAGACAAGGUCUGAAAACUGGUAUGGAUUUUAGAGGCCAAGUCUGAAAACGGGUUUAAAAAUGACGUGAUUUGGUCUGAAAUAGAGUCAGGAUUUGGAGAACCGGGUGGCACACCACCACCGCCAAGAAUUCCUACGAGUAUCCCCCGCCUCGAGUUAUCCAAGAUCCCGUUUCGUCUUCGUCUCUGCUAAGUGCAGGUCAUCUUUUUUCAACUUCAGCGAUCUAUGCUGGGUUUCCCUGGUAUUCCUGGACCAAAUGGUAUACCGGGAGUGCCGGGAGUGCCGGGCGUCCCGGGGCCACACGGACCCCAGGGAAGAGAAGGUGUAAAAGGACAAAUUGGUGAUAAAGGAUCAGAUGGAAUGCCGGGUCCAAGAGGAGACAGAGGACGCGAAGGAUCCCCUGGGAAGAGUGGACCACGAGGAAUUCAGGGAAUGAAAGGAGAGCGCGGAGCUGUGGGAAUUAAAGGAGAGCGAGGAAUUGUGGGAAAUCAAGGAAGAAAAGGAGAGAAAGGAGAGAAAGGAGAAAGCGCCAAAGCAAGUCAAGCAAGUGUAGUACCACAAACCAACUGGAAACAAUGUGUGUGGAAAUCAGCAAGCAGUACUGAUAACGGAAAGAUUAAGGUAAUUAGAAUAAGAAUCAUUAAUAACACACUCCAAAAAUAAUUUAUUCCUUUCUAAAUCAAAAUAAUUCAAAGAAGAACGUCUCCCCUCUUACUUACCGUUUGCCAACACAUUACAUAAAGAACUAAGUUACAUCUCCCUCUACUUUGGUUCUUUUUGAAAGAAAGAAAGAAAGAAAGAAAGAAAGAAAGAAAGAAAGAAAGAAAGAAAGAAAACACAUCGUGCGUGUUAAAAUGAUUCCUGGCCAUGUGGAUAAGGACAACAACAAUUGAAGUUAUUACAUAGUUUUAAAAAAAUUAGGAAGUAUUCUUGACUGGAGUAGUUAAUAUCAAUCAUUACACUUGGUUACUCGCCUUACUACAAUAUGUUUGAUUUGUUUGAUUUUAUUCCAGGACUGUGCGUUUAACAAACUGCAGUCUAAUUCAGCGCUCAGAGUCUCAUUCCAGGGAAACAUGAGGGUCUAUAGUGAUAAUAAGUGUAACCGCUGGUAUUUCAAGUUCAAUGGAAACGAAUGCAGUGGACCAAUGACGAUUGAGGCUGCUGUUUACAACUGGUGGCCAUCUGGGAACCCUAAUCUGCUGCAUCAUCGGUCAUUUGAGGGAUACUGUGAAAACAUCUCACAAGGGGCAGUUAGAGUGGAAUUAUGGGUAGCACAGUGCAGUGGCAGCACCCUGGGUAAUGCUUACACUGGGUGGAAUUCAGUGUCCCGGAUAAUGAUUGAAGAAGUUUCUAGGCCCCAGUCCUAA